AUGCUGCUUCCAUUUUAAAUGAAGAAUCACAAAAAAAUCCUUGCAACCGUUUUUUUCAGACUGGACAUUGUGAUUUUGGAGAACAUUGUCGUUUUUCACAUAAAAAUGUCACCAUCCUUCAACAGCAAGUUGAGCAAGAGAUUUACAAACUAUAUUUGAGAUUGAAGUUUACCAUUAGAGCAUAUUAAAAUGUUAAGUGCAAAUGAAUUGUUGGAUUAUUGCUAUCAAAAAGCAGUGUUGCCAGAAUCAGGAGGUCUGAAGGACUAUUCACCAGAUGGGAGCGAAGAGCAGGCAACAGCUUUAAAAGUUGCACUUGAUCAGUAUUACAGUAUUUUAUGUGAACAGAGGAUAUGCAGAAAAAUGAAUCUUACAGUUGCCAGUUGGGAUAAAAGCCGUAAUGUUGCUAUUGUAGAAACAAUAAAGGGUAACAGUUUUAGAAAACAAGGAUGGCAAACUAAAGAAGGAAUUUUAUUCAAUGCAGAAGAAACACUAUUCUUAGUUGAUCAGGGUGUACUUGAACUCAAGGAAAACAACAUUCCAUUGUCAUUUCAUGCUGUUUUUAUGCUCAUUCUUCCAAUAUUACCAUCAUUAGAAUACUAUCAGACAUAUGCUUAUCUGUGCAGGCUUGGUUAUAUCGUACGAAGAUAUCGUGCUGUUGCUAAACCUAUUGACGAUUGUCCAUGGGGAAGACGACCUCCAUCACCCAAGCAACUUUGUGAAGAAGUUAUUGCUGAAGGCUUGGAUGAGUUGAAAAAUGGUUACAUGCAAAGCUUGUGGAAUGAUGACAUUCAUCCUUUAAUAAGACCAAUUGAAGCUGAAAGCACUGCUCUCAUUCUUUCCAAAAUUAAAGUAAUCGAAUCACUAAAGCUGACAGAGGCAACAAAAACAAGUCUUGAAUUUACAAAUUUUAAAAUAGACUUUGAUGUGUUUAACUCUAAAGAAAAGAAAAAAUCAGAAUUGGUAGAUCCAUUGUUUAGAAUUAUUGUCUGCAAAUAUGAUGACCCGCCUCCAUCUUUGAAAGAGUUGUCGUCCUUAACAAACCAAUCAAAUGGCGUUCAUUUGAAACUCGCUGUUAUUAAACAUGGGACUGUUACGUUUUACGGUUGCUUUGGUGUUGAUCUACCCACUUUAAUCUCAGUGUAAUAAAAAAAAUGUUAUCUAGUUUCUUGA